AUGAUCGAGGGAUCUAGUGGUUCUUGGGUCGAUGACCUGCCUGGUGUCUUAUGGUCGGCUCGAACCACUGUCAAAGAAUCUACUGGGCAAACUCCUUUCUCACUUGUCUAUGGAAACGACGUCGUCCUUCCCGUCGAAGUGGGCGUCCCCUCACCCCGAGUCACUUACUAUGAUUACGAGAAAAAUGAAGCCGAAAAAAGGGUUAAUCUCGACUUGCUCCCCGAAACAAGAGGAAACACUCUGCUCAAGUCCAUUGCCUAUAAGCAGAAGAUUGCUCGGUACUUCAACAAAAGAGUUCGUCCUCGACCAUUGCACGAAGGAGAUUGGGUACUGAGGAAAAUUGAGGCAACUGGCCGAAGAAGCACCCUCGAAAAAAUGGGACCUAACUGGGAGGGCCCUUACAAGAUUGCAAAAGUUAUCCGACCUGGCACCUAG